GCAGCUGAACUGCUACCUAGCCCACCCCUGCGCUAUAGCCAGCACCCUGCUUGGCAUGCCCAAGGGCUACACUGCUGGCCACUCUUCCUGCUGUUGCCACUGCUGCAGAUCCUGCACUGGGCACUUGACAGGGUCUUGCCAGAGGGCCCAGGAAAGGGCUGGAAUUGGGAAUGUUCUUGGCUCUGUCUUGGUCUUCCUGGACUAAACCAGGCCCAUGGGUCUCCUUCUCUGAUCCCUUGGUACCCAGAGGCCUCCUUGUCCCUGUGUGCCAGCCCCUACCCCCAGCCCAGCCCAGACUAGCUCCCCAGCAGGACUCUGCCCCCACAGGGAAGUUCUGGCACAUCUCAGACCUGCAUCUGGACCUUGACUAUCAGGUGUCGGAAGAUCCACUCAAGGUGUGCCCAUCAGCCGGCUCCCAGCAGGUGCCCAAUGCCGGCCCCUGGGGGGACUACCUGUGUGAUGCGCCCUGGGUCCUCGUGAACUCCUCCAUCUACGCCAUGAGGGAUAUCGCACCUGAGCCGGACUUCAUCCUGUGGACUGGAGACGACACGCCACAUGUGCCCGACGAGAGCCUGGGGGAGGCGGCAGUGCUGCGGAUUGUGGAGCGCUUGACCACGCUCAUCAGAGACGUCUUUCCAGAUACCAAAGUCUACGCUGCUUUGGGGAAUCAUGACUUCCACCCCAAAAACCAGUUUCCACCCAGAAGCAACAGCAUCUACCAGCAAGUAGCAGAGCUCUGGCGCCCCUGGCUUAACAAUGAGUCCAUCACUCAAUUCCAAGAAGGUGCUUUCUAUUCGGAAAAGCUGCUGGCCGCUGGCAGCUUGGGGCGAAUGGUGGUCUUGAACACCAACCUCUACUACAGCAACAACCAGCAGACAGAGGGCCUGCUGGACCCUGCACAGCAGUUCCAGUGGCUGGAGGCAGUGCUGACAGAUGCGGCCCAAGCUGGGGAGAGGGUGUACAUCAUUGGCCACGUGCCUCCUGGGUUCUUUGAGAAGACACGGGACAAGGCAUGGUUCCGGAAUAGCUUCAAUGAAGAGUACCUGAAGUUGGUGCGCAAGCACCACCACGUCAUUGCGGGGCAGUUCUUUGGACACCACCACACUGACAGCUUCCGGAUGUUCUAUGACGAUGCAGGCACCCCCAUUAGCGUCAUGUUCCUUGCACCUGGAGUCACUCCGUGGAAAACCACGUUGCCUGGAGUGGUCAAUGGCGCCAACAACCCAGGCAUCCGGGUGUUCGAGUAUGACCGAGUCACGCUGGACCUGCAGGACAUGGUGACCUACUUCAUGAACCUGAGCCAGGCCAACCAGCAAGGACAGCCGCGCUGGGAGCUGGAGUACCGGCUGACCAAAGCCUACGGCGUGCCGGAUGCCAGCGCCAGCUCCAUGCACAAUGUACUGGGCCACAUCUCCUAUGACCAAGGCGUGUGCCAGCGUUACUACCUCUAUAACUCGGUCAGCUAUGACGACCAGCCCUGUGACGAGGCCUGCCGAGUCGAACACGUGUGCGCCAUAAGCCAAGUGGCUUUUGAGAACUACAGCACCUGCUUACGCGUAGCGGCUGCUGCGCCUGCAUCUGUGCCCGGGUUCCCACCGCUCCUGGCAGCGCUGCUGGGCUUGUGCUUGCUCUGCGGCUGGUGACUUGGGGUGUCCCGGGGAAAGCAGAGCAGUGUCAUAUCACUGUCCUCCUGGUGUGA